AUGCAGAAUAUGAUAAAUGCUGUCAAGGGAACCGCGAGAGGAGUAGCAGAAUAUCUUACACCGGUUUUGACGGAAUCUAAGUUUAAAGAAACAGGUGUUAUUACACCUGAAGAGUUUGUGGUAGCAGGAGAUCAUAUAGUUCAUCAUUGUCCAACAUGGCAGUGGGCUACUGGUGAAGAUAUUAAAAUCCGACCGUAUUUACCUCCUGAUAAACAAUUCCUGAUCACUAGAAAUGUACCUUGCUAUAAAAGGGUUAAACAGAUGGAUACUCAUCAAGAAGAACAAGAGAAAGUUAUAGAAGAAGAAGAUGAUGAUGGUGGUUGGGUUGAUACUCAUCAUUUUGCUGCUGAUUCUACAACAGCAGCUUCACAAGAAAUAGCUGAAAUGACAUUAGAUAAUAAGGUAUUGUCUGGCUCUAAAAAGAAAGAUGAUAAUGAUGAUGAUAAUGAAGAUGAUGAUGAUGAUGCUGAGGCAGAAGAUAUGGAAGCGUUUGAACAAGGUGGAAUGUUAGAAGAUGAAGAUGAGGCCACAUUAAAAACAGAAACAAUAGCUAGUGAAACAGAAGGAGCUGGUAGUAGUGAGAGUGGUAUACUACAAACUAGAACAUAUGAUUUAAAUAUAACUUAUGAUAAAUAUUACCAAACACCUAGAUUAUGGUUAUUUGGUUAUGAUGAGAAUAGAAAACCUUUAACUGUAGAUGAAUUAUACGAAGAUUUUAGUCAGGAUCAUGCCAAGAAAACAGUAACCAUGGAAGCACAUCCUCAUCUACCAGGUCCCCCUCUAGCAUCUGUACAUCCCUGCAAGCAUGCUGAUGUGAUGAAAAAAAUAAUUCAAACUGUAGCUGAUGGUGGUGGAGAAUUAGGAGUUCAUAUGUAUUUAAUGAUAUUUUUAAAGUUUGUACAGGCUGUGAUACCAACUAUAGAAUAUGACUAUACCAGACAUUUUACCAUGUGA